AUGCCUGGAGCUCUGAAGUCCGGCCCCAUCCGACCCCACCUCGCUAAAGGGCAGAGAAACCCUCAAAUAUUUUACCACUCACAAAAUCUCAAAUCUACUCUUGCAACCUUUGCGAUCCCCCGACAACUCCAAUCACCAGGUCGACUAAUAACAGCAGCCAUGGCUACCGAGAAGGCAAACAACCCCAUGCGGGAGCUGAAGAUUCAGAAGCUCGUUCUGAACAUCUCCGUCGGAGAGUCUGGUGACAGACUUACUCGUGCUGCCAAGGUCCUCGAGCAACUUUCCGGUCAAACCCCCGUUUACAGCAAGGCCCGUUACACUGUCCGAACUUUCGGUAUCCGACGUAACGAAAAGAUUGCUGUUCACGUCACUGUCCGAGGCCCCAAGGCUGAGGAGAUUCUCGAGCGUGGCCUCAAGGUCAAGGAGUACGAGCUCCGCAAGCGCAACUUCUCCGAGACUGGCAACUUCGGCUUCGGUAUCAGCGAGCACAUCGAUCUCGGCAUCAAGUAUGAUCCCUCAAUUGGUAUCUAUGGCAUGGACUUUUACUGCUGCAUGACCCGACCUGGUGAGCGCGUCACCCGCCGCCGCCGAACCAAGUCCAAGAUCGGUGCCUCUCACCGCAUCAAGCGCGAGGAGACCGUCAAGUGGUUCAAGUCUCGCUUCGAUGGUAUUGUCCGAUAA